CAGCCUUUUGCCCAAAAGAUGGCAGUAUUCAGUUUCUAUUCUGGUUUACGAUUAUCCAAUCGUCAUAGAAAAAGAAGCCGAAGGAGAACUUACGUCAGUGGGGAAGAUAGACGGAACAAAAUGGAGGAGUAUGCUAGAGAACCCUGUCCCUGGAGGAUUGUGGAUGAUUGUGGUGGAGCUUUCACCAUGGGAGCCAUUGGAGGAGGGAUAUUUCAAGCAGUAAAAGGUUUCAGAAAUGCACCAUCGGGAAUGAGCCACAGAAUGAAGGGUAGUUUAACUGCUAUUAAGACCAGAGCUCCACAACUAGGAGGUAGUUUUGCAGUGUGGGGAGGCCUCUUUUCUAUGAUCGACUGUGGUUUAGUAAAAGUGAGAGGUAAAGAGGAUCCCUGGAAUUCAAUUACAAGUGGGGCCAUGACGGGAGCCAUCCUCGCAGCGAGAAAUGGACCAGUAGCCAUGGUGGGCUCCGCUGCUAUGGGAGGUAUUCUGCUGGCCUUGAUAGAGGGCGCUGGAAUCUUGCUCACAAGAUUUGCUUCAACACAGUUUCCAACUGGGCCCCAGUUUGCAGAGGAACCUGCCCCCGCUCCCAUUCCCACCUCCCCCUUUGGAGACUACAGACAAUAUCAGUGAGAGGGCCACACUCCCCUCUUCACACACUAGAUGUUUUUAAAUUCCUUGCUGAAG